CAAUUUUGCCUUAAUGGAUUACAAUUUUAGUUCCAUUUUGCCAUUGAUGUUGGAAAUUUGCAUACAAACCUGGAAGUGCCCGCUUGUCUUUAAGGCAGCGGUGUUGCUAUUGAAAUUGGCGCGAAAAGGGACGCAAAGUUACCCGGGAAAAAGAAAAUGGCGAUUGUUUCUUGGUAGUUCAAGUGUUUUCAUCUUUUUACAGCUAGGCAGAUUAAAAAUGUUCAAUGCACAAGAAUUGGAUCUAAAGACUACCCAGCUAAAAGCCGAAGUGCUACUGUCAGAGCCCUCAACUCACGAAGGUCUUGAAGACGAAGAGAGGAUUGAAAGAGCAACUUGUUCAUAUUCAAAUGAAUCAGAACGCUUCUUGCUCCAAGAGAGAAAUUUUUCACGACAGUAUGCACAGAUAUAUUCAGUCCGUAUCAUGGCAAUGAGAAAGAAGCUAGCUGCAGCUGCCAGAAGGAAAUGGGGUGGUAGAGAGAGCAAAUUUGAACUAAAGAAACUAUCUGAUGUAAAAAUAGAUGAAAAGUGCUUUGUGAUAGGAACAUUAUUCAAGAAAAUGGAACUAAAGCCUAGUAUUUUAAAAGAGAUAAGUGAGGAGCAUAACUUGAUGCCACAACCAUCCAGAGUGAAGUAUACUGAAGACAGUGAUGAACUUGUUAUAGAGGAUGAAACAGAGAGAGUCACUCUCACUGGUAACAUUCCAGUUGGAACAUCUGUAACAGGAAGUAUAGUAGCCCUGUGUGGCCACACAAUUGACAGUGGUAAAUUCUAUGUUGAAGAGCAUUGUUUUAGUGGCCUUCCAUACCAAACUGCACCAAACCUGGAUCAAUGCUUAUCCAAUGGUGAAGACAGGUAUGUGGCACUCAUUUGUGGUCUUGGCUUUGGUAAUGAAAGUCAGGAUUUGCUCAGCCUUCAGAUGUUUUCUGAUUUGGUGACAGGAGAGCUUGGAAGUCUCCAGGAUCAAGAAUCUUGUGCCAAGAUAAGCCGUGUAAUUAUUGCUGGUAACUCUUUGAGCCAGUGCACACAGACUAAAGACAGUGAAACAAAGGCAAAGUAUCUGACAAGAAAUGCAGUGGCUGGGAGUGUGGAAGCUAUUAAGAAUCUGGAUGCCUUUGUGCUGCAACUUGCUGCAUGUGUUCCAGUGGAAAUAAUGCCAGGGGAGUUUGAUCCAGCCAAUCAUGCAAUUCCGCAGCAGCCCCUUCAUCCCUGUAUGUUUCCUCAAGCAGCUGCAUAUCCCACAUUCCAGAGUGUCACCAACCCAUACGAGGCUCUAAUUGGUGGUGUAAGGAUUCUUGGAACUGCAGGACAGAACAUUAAUGACAUCUACAAAGUCUCAAGCUUCGAGGAUUGUUUGGAGAUUCUCGAACACACCAUGAAGUGGGGUCACAUAGCACCCACAGCUCCAGACACUCUAGGCUGUUAUCCAUACUAUGACAAGGAUCCCUUUAUUUUAGAGAAGUGUCCACAUGUGUACUUUGUUGGCAAUCAACCAAAGUAUGGGAGCAAAGUUCUUCAUGGAGAAAAUGGCCAAAAAAUACUGUUAGUGACAAUUCCUGACUUCUCCAGUUCAAAGACCUGUGUGAUGCUAAAUCUACAAUCACUCACAUGUCAUCCAGUGAACUUCUCUGCUUCUGUAUCAAUGCAGAUGGAAAUGUAACUGUGUGGAUCUAUAAGCCUGAGAGAGUUAACUCUUUAUGUGUACUGAUACCACAUUGACAAGGAAAGAGCAAAGCAACCAAGGAUUUCACAGUACUUUAGUUUGUUAACCAUGAAUACUACUGGACAGAGUCCACUGUUAUUGAAAAAUAUAAAAUCAGUCAAAAUUCAGCAUUGCCUAACCUACAUUGUGCAUACUAUGCAAAUAGUCAGCUAUGUAGACACCUUGUAAGACCCAAGAUAUUAUAUAUAUGCUUACACUAUUUGUAGCAUUUUCCAGCAGUUGCGUGACAACUGACUAUGCACGUCAAAUUUACAAACUAAAUCAUUAAGAAACAUCAAAUAGCAGAAACUAAAAUUUGGUUCCUUAAUGAUGGAGUGUUUGAACCCAACAAACAGUCUGAUGUUAACAAAUUUGCUUUGAACA